GUUCCGCUUGUUCUCUAGUCGUUGCGACAAUGUUCAGUUGUAUAUCGGCCCGUUGUGGAGGACUGCGGAGUUUUAGUUCAACAGCCACCACAGACGAAACAUAAAGCUUUAAUCAUGGUGAAUGUAAAGAAACGGAAAGGUCGAGUCGUUAUCGACUCUGACUCUGAAGACAGCGCCAGUGAUGAUAAUUUAGAUGAAGAGCUUCUGUCUCUGGCCACCAAGAGGAAGAGGGUGGACUCGGAUGACCAGCAGGAUAACCAACAGGAUGACCAGCCAGUCAGUAAGCCUGCAGCCUCGUCAGACUCGGAGACAUCAGACAGCGACGAUGAGUGGACCGCCGGUGGUCCUAAAGUCAAGAAGAAAGUUAAGCCAGGGAAACCGACAACAACAGAGAAGAAGAAAGAGGCCGCGAAGAAGAAGGCACAUAAAGCUGCAUCGUCCGGGAGUUCUGGUGGAGACAGUUCAGCUGACAGUUCUGCCCCUGAGGAGGGUGAGGUGUCUGACUCCGAGAGCAACAGCUCUGCCUCCAGCUCAGACUCCUCGUCGGAGGACGAUGUCUUCAGGGACGACUACGGAGAGGACCUGAUGGGAGACGAGGAGGACAGGGCUCGGCUGGAGCAGAUGACGGAGAAGGAGAGGGAGCAGGAGCUCUUCAAUAGGAUAGAGAAGAGGGAGGUGCUCAAGAGGAGAUUUGAAAUUAAAAAGAAACUGAAGACUGCGAAGAAGAAGGAGAAAGAAGAGAAGAAGAAGAAGGAGAAAGAAGAGAAGAAGAAGAAGGAUGAGGAAGAACGGAAGAAACGAGAGAGAUCAUCCGGUCAUCAUGAAGACCGGACUCAUCAGGACCUGCAGGUGGUUAUGUCCCACAACAAGGAGAGGAGAACUAAACGGGACGAGAAGCUGGAUAAAAAGUCUCAGGCCAUGGAGGAACUGAAAGCGGAGAGAGAGAAGAAGAAAACGAGGACAGCGGAGCUCCUGGCGAAACGGCAGCCCCUGAAGACCAGCGAGGUGUACUCUGACGACGAGGAGGAGGAAGAGGAGGAGGAUGAAGACAAAUCCUCAGUAAAGAGCGAUCGCAGUUCACGCUCUUCAUCUUAUUCCGAAGACGAAGAGAAAGAGGAGACGCCACCCAAAUCUCAGCCCGUGUCGCUGCCAGACGAGCUGAACCGCGUCCGUCUGUCUCGCCACAAACUGGAGCGCUGGUGUCACAUGCCGUUCUUCCAGAAGACCGUCAGCGGCUGCUUCGUACGGAUCGGCAUCGGGAACAGUAGUAGCAAACCAGUUUACAGGGUGGCUGAAAUAGUUGACGUGGUAGAGACCGCUAAAGUGUACCAGUUGGGAACGACCCGGACGAACAAAGGACUACAGUUACAGCAUGGUGGUGAUACCCGAGUCUUCAGACUGGAGUUUGUGUCCAAUCAGGAGUUCACAGAAAACGAGUUCAUGAAGUGGAAGGAGGCGAUGAUCGUAGCCAGUAUGCAGGUUCCCACUCUAGAUGAGGUCAAUAAGAAGGAGCAGGCCAUCAAAGAGGCUUGUAACUACAAAUUCAACGACAAAGACAUCGAGGACAUUGUUAAAGAGAAAGACAGAUUCAGAAAGGCUCCUUCCAACUACGCCAUGAAGAAAACAUCACUACUCAAAGAUAAGGCCAUGGCUGAGGAGAGUGGAGAAGGAGACCGAGCCAAAGAGAUCCAGGACCAGCUGAAUGAGUUGGAGGAGAGGGCCGAGCAUCUGGACAGACAGAGGACCAAAAACAUCUCUGCCAUCAGCUACAUCAACCAGAGGAAUCGUAGCUGGAACAUCGUGGAGUCUGAGAAGGCUCUAGUCGCUGAAGGACAGAAUGCCAAGAUGCAGAUGGACCCGUUUACUAGACGGCAGUGCAAACCGACCAUGGUGUCUAACGCCAGAGACCCUUCAGUCCAUGCAGCUAUCCUCCAACACCUCAAUGAGAAGUACGGAGAAGGGUCAGGCAAAGAGAUGGACUUGGAGUUUGAGAUGGGCAGGGGAGCAGGACAGGCUGCUCUGAAAGUCAUCGACCCUACUAAGAACACCAGCGACCUAUCAGAGGACCUCUUUAAAGUCCACGACUUUGACGUCAAGAUUGACCUACAGGUUCCCAACGCAGAAGCCAAGUCUCUGUCAGUGAGCGCCAACACCCUGGCAGUGAAGGACGGUGCUCCACGUAGGUCUCUCAACCUGGAGGACUACAAGAAGAGGAGGGGCUUGAUCUAAAGAACUACAGGAAUAGGAAGGGCUUGGUCUAAUGAACUACAGGAAGAGGAAGGGCUUGGUCUAUUGAACUACAGGAAGAGGAUUGGUCUAAUGAUCUAAUAGCCUAACCAGUCAGUCAGAACCACCUGCAUGUGUUGGUUGGCCAUUCUACCUGUGUGUGUGAGAGUGAGAUGUGAGGUAAGUGUGUGUUUGAGUAGUGUGUGUGAGAUGAGAUGUGAGGUAAGUAUGAGAUGUGAGGUAAGUGUGUUGAGUAGUGUGUGAUGUGUGUGUGUGUUUUGAGUAGUGUGUGAGAGGGAGGGAUGUGAGGUAAGUGUGUGUUGAGUAGUGUGUGAGGUAAGUGUGUUGAGUAGUGUGUGAGGUGUGUGUGUGUUUUGAGUAGUGUGUGAGAGGGAGGGAUGUGAGGUAAGUGUGAGAUGUGAGGUAAGUGUGUUGAGUAGUGUGUGAUGUGUGUGUGUGUUUUGAGUAGUGUGUGAGAGGGAGGGAUGUGAGGUAAGUGUGUGUGAGAGGGGACCGAGUGUGUGUACACUAGAGACUGUCCAUUUUAAAACUGAUAGGAAAUAUUAAGAGAAGGCUACUUUUCUCUCUUUGAAGAGAGUUGUCCACCUUUUCAUUUGUAUGUGCAAAGUUGUACUUUCAAUUGUUUUUUUCUGGUUAUUUCUACUUUAUUUUAUUUUAUAUAUAAAUAAAUCUUACGUUGGUUCUCCCUCAUACGGAUCUGAAGUUCACUCCUUUUGGUGUCCGGGGCACAUUGUCUUGUAAGACUUAGAUUUGUUGAAAUACUGAAUCUGGUUUCCCCAUCAACAACAGACUGGAUUUCUUUCGUACCUGAUUUCAGGGCAGUUCCACGGUUCACUAGAGGUGAAGUUGCCUCCUAGACGCUGAUCUUGGGUCAACCACUAACGGUUGAGGUUUGGAUUGGGGGGGGGGGGGAUAAACUGAUUCUAGAUCUGUAGCUAGGGGGAAACUUCACCCCUUUAGCCUCUUAGACUGCAGAGCUGUUAUCUACUUACAGUACGUGCCCCCCCCCAAGUCUACAAAAAGAAACAGAUUAAUCUUUACAUGGAUCUUUUCUUUUAAUCUCUAGUUUUUUUUUUCUGUUGCUUUUUUUUUUACCUCCCAUUUUUCAGAGCAGAUUCUAAGUGUUAUCGAUUGUUCCUGUAUUGAUGUGGCAUGCCAUGUGUAUAUGAUACAGUUUGGAGUAGAGGCAGAAUAAAGAGGGGUUUCGUACCGUU